UCGAUCAUCCGCGCUGCUCGCCGUGGAGAUCAGAACGUGGAUGCUAAAUUUCUCCUGUUCCUGAAUCACUGCUGCAGAUUUGGGGCAUGGCGUGGCCCUGCAUCACCCGUGCAUGCUGCAUUAACCGCUUCUGGAGCGAGCUGGACAAAGCGGACAUCGCCGUCCCGCUGGUUUUCACUAAAUACUCGGAUGUGGCCGAGGUGCGGCAUCUCCAUCCGCAGCCUGGCCCUGUACCGCACUGUCAUCCUCCCCGUACCGUCGCCAUAGAAACAGAGCCCGCCCACACCGCGCGAGAACCAGCAUCAGCACCAGCACCAGCAGCCCGCGGAGCAUCCGUCACCCGCCAGGACUUCAAGCCAUGGAGGGUGCGCCCCGAACCCAGCUGCAAACCCAAAAAUGAGUAUAGGCCAUCCGAGACGCCAUUUGACACCGAAACGCAGUACCGUAAAGAUUACAAGCCGUGGCCCAUCCCGCGCCGAGACCAUCCCUGGAUCCCUAAAACCGACAUCCCGAGCUCAAAAAAGGAGCACCUGAUCUCUGAACAUGAUACCGGAGUGGAGAAAUGUGAGAUUGAGGAGAAAGUGCGGGAGAAAGAGGAUGCCAAAGAGGAGAGGAGGUCGGUGAAGAAGGAGAAAGAUGCUGAACCUGUAGAGAGGAAGAAAGUCCAGAGAGCAGAGUCUAAAGGAAGAUCUGUUGCAGAUGCUCUAAACAGGCAGAUCAAGCAGGAGGGAACAUCUGGAAGCUCAUACAGGAUGGAGUUUAAGGCUUACACUGAUGUCAAACCAGUAAAACCUAUCAAAGCCAAAUCCCAGUACAAAUUGGCAAUGGAUGAGAAGGCUGACCUGGAGACUAGCUACAAAGCCACUUAUAAAGGAGAGCAGGCCAAGCCAGAGUCCACAGAUAACAAACUGCUAGAACGUCGCAGGAUACGGAGCCUGUACAACGAACCCAGCAUCAAAGAACCCAGCAAGGUGGAGAAACCUAGCGUGUCCCACUCUAAACCAAAAAAGACAUCAAGCCAUACUAAAUCAGUGAGUAAGUCUAAAGCAAAGCCGGUCACCGGAACCCAACCUGCCAAGAAGAAAACCUCAGUGAGCAAGCUGGAGUUAAACCCAGACGGAGGAGUUACCAAGAAAAGUAAAGAAAUGAUCAACAGACUUGCUGAGGCAAAAGAUUAAUGCACUUGUGUGACUGGAUUUGGGCGGGGCAGGGGGGAGGUUCUGUGAUAUGUAUUAGAAAACUCAUUUUUGUUUUUUUUAUGUAUAGAUUCUGGAUUUGGCACCUUGGGUUGUUAAAAUGUGGCACCACUACAUAAUCCAUAAUAGUUUCCAAUCAUUUUACUUGAAGCUGAAGCUUAGAGAAGUCAACAUGAAACUCCACUGCAUGAAUCCUAAAGGUUUAUGAUUAAAAUACUUUAUCUUGUGCUUACAAAUGUUGUUAGCUUUAUAGAGCUUAGCUAUAACACUUUAUAAUUAAAAACAUUUCAUGAAUG